ACUGCGGCCAGACCGAACACCGGCAAGCGUGAAUGAGAGAGAGGGAGUGAGAUAGAAAGAGCAGGAGAGUGGAAGUUACCCAUCCCAGGUCAAUAAUUCAAUUAUCAGAGUGAAAACACAUAGGGAUAUUGGAAGACAAAAACGCAGUGAAUUUGGGGGAAUACAAAUACUUAGGACGCAAUGAUGACCCAAAUAGAGACGACGGUGCAUUAUGAUAAUGGUUUCGGAGAUGAGGAGGACUACAUGAUACAGGAGGAUGAGUGGGACAGGGACAUGUUGCUGGACCCUGCCUGGGAAAAACAGCAAAGAAAGACCUUCACAGCUUGGUGUAACUCCCACCUGAGGAAAGCAGAAACACAGAUUGAGAACAUUGAGGACGACUUCAGGAAUGGCCUCAAACUCAUGCUUCUCUUGGAAGUAAUUUCAGGUGAGAGGUUACCCAAGCCUGACAGAGGGAAGAUGCGUUUUCACAAAAUUGCCAAUGUCAACAAAGCCCUAGACUUCAUCACCAGCAAAGGAGUGAAACUUGUCUCUAUUGGAGCUGAAGAAAUUGUGGAUGGUAACGUUAAGAUGACUCUGGGAAUGAUAUGGACCAUCAUCCUCCGCUUUGCUAUCCAGGACAUCUCUGUAGAAGAAACUUCUGCAAAGGAAGGCCUUCUCUUAUGGUGCCAGAGAAAGACUGCCCCAUACAGAAAUGUCAAUGUCCAGAACUUCCACGUUAGCUGGAAGGACGGACUGGCCUUCUGUGCCCUGAUUCACAGACACAGACCUGACCUCAUCGACUAUGCUAAGCUCAACAAGGAUGAUCCUAUGGGGAACCUGAACCUGGCCUUUGAAAUAGCAGAGAAGCACCUGGAUAUUCCCAAGAUGCUGGACGCAGAAGACAUCAUCAACACUCCCAAGCCUGAUGAGAGAGCUAUCAUGACCUAUGUGUCCUGCUUCUAUCAUGCUUUUGCUGGAGCCGAGCAGGCUGAGACGGCAGCCAACAGGAUCUGUAAAGUGCUGGGUGUGAACCAGGAGAAUGAGAAACUGAUGGAGGAGUACGAGAGGCUGGCCAGUGAGCUACUGGAGUGGAUCCGCCGGACCACCCCAUGGCUGGAGAACAGGGCUGCAGAGAAGACCAUGGUUGAGAUGCAGAGGAAGCUGGAGGAUUUCAGGGACUACCGCCGCAUGCACAAGCCCCCCAAGGUGCAGGAGAAGUGCCAGCUGGAGAUCAGCUUCAACACCCUGCAGACCAAGCUGCGCAUAAGCAACCGGCCCGCCUUUAUGCCCUCUGAGGGAAAGAUGGUAUCUGACAUAAGCAGUGCAUGGCAGGGGCUGGAGGGGGCCGAGAAAGGUUAUGAGGAGUGGCUUCUGACUGAGAUCCGCAGGCUGGAGAGACUGGACCACCUGGCUGAAAAGUUUUGCCAGAAAGCCACCACCCAUGAGACCUGGGCUAGUGGUAAAGAGCUGAUUCUAUCUCAGAAGGACUACGAGACGGCCACCCUGACGGAGGUGCGGGCGUUGCUAAGGAAACACGAGUCGUUUGAGAGUGACCUGGCUGCUCACCAGGACAGGGUGGAGCAGAUCGCUGCCAUCGCACAGGAGCUCAAUGAGCUGGACUAUCAUGGUGUGGCUGCUGUCAACCAGAGGUGUCAAAGCAUCUGUGAUCUGUGGGAUCAACUUGGUACAUUGACCCAGAAGAGGAGAGAGGCUCUGGAGAGGACAGAGAAGCUGCUGGAAACCAUUGAUCAGUUGUUCCUGGAGUUUGCCAAGAGAUCAGCACCUUUCAACAACUGGAUGGAAGGGGCCAUGGAGGAUCUGCAGGAUAUGUUUAUUGUACACACUAUCGAUGAGGUCCACAGCCUGAUCUCUGCCCACGAGCAGUUCAAGGCCACCCUCCCAGAGGCAGACGGAGAAAGACAGGCCAUUCUGGGGAUUCACAACGAGGUGCAGAAGAUCUCCCAGAGCUACGGCAUCAAGGCCAACCUCAUCAACCUCUACAGCACCAUCACCACAGAGCAGCUCCUCGCCAAGUGGGACAAGGUGAAGAAGCUGGUUCCUCAGAGAGAAGGCUCCCUCCACGAGGAGCUAGCCCGGCAGCAUACUAACGAGAGGCUGAGACAGCAGUUUGCUGCCCAGGCUAACCUCAUAGGACCCUGGAUACAGACAAGGAUGGAGGAGAUUGGCCGCUGCUCCCUGGAGGUGGGCGGUACCCUGGAGGACCAGAUGACCCAGUUGAAGCAGUUUGAGCACGUCAUCCUCACCUACAAGCCCAACAUUGACAAGCUGGAGGGAGACCACCAGCACAUCCAGGAGUCCCUGGUGUUUGACAACAAGCAUACCAACUACACCAUGGAGCACAUCCGUGUGGGCUGGGAGCUCCUCCUCACCACCAUCGCCCGCACCAUCAACGAGAUCGAGACCCAGAUCCUGACACGCGAUGCCAAGGGCAUCAGCCAGGAACAGAUGCACGAGUUCCGCUCCUCCUUCAACCAUUUUGACCGGGAGAACACAGGCAAACUGCGUCGUGAGGAGUUCAAGACCUGUCUGAUCAGCCUGGGUUAUGUGGGCAAUGACCAUCAGAAGAAACAUGGGGCGAUGGACACUGAUGACUUUAGGGCCUGUCUGAUCUCCAUGGGUUAUGAUUUGGGUGAAGUGGAAUUUGCCCGCAUCAUGAUGCUGGUUGAUCCCAGUGCCACUGGCAUGGUGUCUUUUCAAUCCUUUAUCGAUUUUAUGACCAGAGAAACCGCUGACAUGGACACCGCCGAGCAGGUUGUGGCAUCCUUCAGGAUCCUGGCAGCCGAUAAGCCCUACAUUCUGGUUGAGGAUCUGAGGAGGGAGCUCCCCCCUGAUCAGGCAGAGUACUGCAUCUUGAGGAUGCCCCACUACAGUGGCCCAGGGAAAUCUGCAGGGGCGCUAGACUACACCGCCUUCUCCACUGCCCUCUAUGGAGAGAGUGACCUCUAACCCUGCAAGAUGAUGCCCAAGAGUGACCUUUUGACUCCACCCAACACUUCUGGAUGAAAUCACCUUUAACCAAACACACUGUAAAAGCAAGGCAAAGUUACCUACGUUAGAUUCACAUUAGGUAGAUAUAGUACAUUUACCUACUAUUGUGUGGCAAAAUAGUUUCCCUCAUUUGAGUUCUGCGGUGAAGUGAAGAUGGAAUAACAGUUUUUCUUAUCUGCUAAGAAAAAUAACAUGAUCAUAUAAGCUACAAUAGUUAGCUAUAUAGAACAUUGUUUGUUUAUUGACUACAGUAAUAGCAGCAGUGUAGCUAGAACAGAAAAAUAGCAGGCUAAUAGUCAACAUUUUCUCCUUAUCUCCUUUCAGUGCCUUAUUAGGAACUACUGUAUGAGUUCUGAUUGGGAAAAAGCCAAAAAAGCAAACCUAGAUGUUGAACUGAUGUCUGUGUCCAGUGUGAUGUUGUUUAUGGAACCAAAAUGUACUUGUUAUAUAAUCAUAGCACAUGUUGCCUGCUCUAUGCAAACUUUUCUCACAUCACAAUUUCCCCAAUAUAAAUAAAGAACAGUUAUAGGCUAUGAUUGAUUGAUAAAACAAUAGGUUGCACAGUUGACACACAAUGUACCUUUCUCAAACCCAAAGCUAAGAGAAAACAUUGUUACAUUUUCUUAUUUGAGAACUAAAGGAGUUUGGUCGCACCAAAAUGAACAACUUUGCCUCUGAUGAUACUGCUUAUUGCCUUAAAUCCUAUAAAAUUCCUACAUACUUUGUAUCAAACCUCAAAUAGGGUUAAGCCUGUCUCUCAUAGCCUGCCACCUGUAGUUGGGAUUUCCCAGUUGAAGAUAGGGAGGGAGGAGAGAAUCCCUGUACUAUUCAAUCCAAAGCAAAAAAAAAAUUGUGACUGAUUUAGACACUGUUGACAGUAAACUUUGUACUUUCAAGUGAUUUGAUUAUCCAAUAAACCCUCUUCUUGAUCAUCA